AUGAGCAUUGGAUUGCUGGUCACUGAUUAUAAUCGUGCUCAGCUUUUUGCGCACUUGGACGCCCUCGAAGUCAGUUCCUAUAAUGGAUAUCAACCUACAGACCCGACGGGUGAUAUUAGUCCCGCGCGCUUAGAUCGCCUCUGGCAACUGCUGAAUGGUCGAUACGAGCAAACUCAAAAUGUCAAUGAGCUCAACACAGCGAUUGAUCUUUGUCAGCUGUUGGUUCAGAAGACUGCUCAUGAUCAUCCCGACUAUCCAGCGCGCCUAGUCGGCCUAGCGGGACUGCUGGAUGGUCGAUACGAGCAAACUCAAAAUUUCGAUGAUCUCAACACAGCGAUUGAUCUUUGUCAGCUGGCGGUUCAGAAGACUGCUCAUGAUCAUCCCGACUAUCCAGCGCGCCUAGACAUCCUCACUGGACUACUCCAACACCGAGGUGAAAUCGAAGUUGACGUUGAUGACCUUAAUCGAGCGAUUAAGGCUUGUUGUCGUGCAGCUCUAAAGACACCUCGUGCCCAUCCCGACCUUGCAGCGCGCUAUUUCCGCCUUGGAGAUAUAUUCGAAUGUCGAUUCAGAUAUACUGCAUUUUUGCCCAACCUUCAUAGUGCGAUUAAUUUCGCUCGCACUGCAAUUCUGGCUACACCUGACGAUCAAUAUGUUCUUGCAGAGCGUCGUGCCAGCCUUGGGGAAAUGCUUGAAAGACGUUAUGGCUGUACCGAAGACAUCGCCGAUCUCGACGAGGGAAUUCAGUUCUCUUCCCAAGCGGUUGAGGCGACUGAUAAAAGCUCAUGUUGGCUUGCGGAGCGCUUGAGCAACCUCGCUCGCAAGUUCGGACUACGGUACGGAGCACUGACAGAGAUAGAAGAUCUCCACAAGGCGAUUUUGCUAUAUAGAAGGAGUCUUGAGGCUUCUGCUGAUGGUGAGCAUCACUUACGGGCAGAGUGCAUGAGCCACCUCAGAAGCCACCUCAAAACCCGAUACAGGCUAUUAAGAGACUUUCCUGACCUCCAGGAAGCGGAUUAUCUUAGCUCGCCAAGCGAUCGAGGCCACCACUCCUGA